UUGGAUCGCAGUUAAUUGAUUUCUCUUUUCUUUAUUUUCAUGUAAAAAACAAAUUGAAAUUCUCAUAAUUGUAUAUAUUCAGCAGAUUCUUUAUGUUACAAAUAAAUAAAUAUAGACAUAAGGAAAAAAGUACUAUGACUAAAAUAUGUUAAGGUGCUAAUGUGACCAAAUGUAAGGAUAUAACGAUUAUUGUGAAGUUAAAAUAAAAGUUUCGAAACAUCCAAAUCUCAAGUUUUCAAAUGGCAGAGGAAAACACAGAAGAGGCAUUUGUUAUAUACCGGGAGGGUGUGGCACAACAUUUGAAAUGGAUGUCAGUGCCGCCUUUGGAACGUCAACCUGCCACACGUCUCUGCGCUGUAGAUCAGUACGAACUACUCUUAAUUCUUACCGCUGACGGAUUACUUUACAUUGCGAAAAAAUCAGUACAUUCCCCCAAUACCCUGCAUUUAGAGUUACAUCGAACAUGUAUAGUGGAUAUCGCCUAUUGUCGUCAGUUGUGCCAAUUGUUUGUUGUAACAGAAGAUGGUGAAGUGCUGAUGCAAACUAUAAAGCAAGCAGGAACCGCAAAUUUGUGCAAAGACUCUUGGCAAUCACUCUCAUUUGACCCACUCGAACUUUCCGAAGAGGGAAUUUUUAUUGAACGUGUUUGCUGUGCCUCUCGAGGUGUAGUCUUCGUCACACGCUCUGGAGAAUUAUAUAUAAUGGGCAGUUGUGGUGAUGUUUUUAACGCAGAAGUGCAGCCCAAGCAUAUACGCCUCAUCGAAGAAAGUAAAUAUAUACUGGACCUAGUAGCAGGGGAUGAGUUUUUUGUUUUAUUACUUCAACGAACUUACCCCACAGAAGGUGAUCCACUGAAACUUUUGAACAAUGGACGACAAACUAAUUCUGCCUCGACUUCAAAUCAUUCUCCUUCGUCGGCACGUGUUGGCUAUGGUAACCAGCUGGAAAUUGAAAAUUCUGUUGGAGAUGAUAAUGCAGAUAAAAAACUUGAACUGAACUCGAACUCGUCCGUGCGCUCGUAUAGUAGCACGAAAUCUAGCCACACACAAGAUGACGUUGAUUAUAAUCUUAAAGAAAUUCUCAAACAAGGCUACUCGCUGCUACACACACAAGUUUGCACAUUUGGUGCUGAGAAUGGAGGUCUUCUGGGGACUGGCGAUCACAUCAAGCGCAAUACAGUAAAUUAUCUACAAAAGCUGGAAGCGUUGGGAGUCUGUAGUGUGGCUGCUGGUAGAGAACACAGCGUAGCACGCACCCUAGACGGCAGAUUAUUCCACUGGGGUCUCAACACGCAGCUCCAACUGAAUAGCCAAAAAGAACUGUCUGAUAUAAGUUCGCCAACCGAACUGAAAUUGGACAAAGUGGAAUUGGAAGUGACUCAGCGAAAUAUUCUCAAUGCCUGCUGCGGUGAUUUCCAAACUGUAUUGUUGAAUGCUCGCGGUGAAGUACAAUUAAAAGAACAGCAGUUAUCGAGUUUUGAACAGCACUUGCUCACUCUAAAUAUGCGCGAUGCCACCAAUCGCCGAACUAUUCCUUUGGUGCUCGCAUCGGCGACCUAUACUUUGCAGAACCGUCGUAAAUUUCAACGCCAAUUCCACGCCUACUACACGGGACUUCAGCAGCAGCUGAAAAUGCUGUUGGUGUACCGUCACGGCAUACAAAUGAUUGAGCUUUUCCAGCAGAAGAGUACUGCGUUCGUCCUGAUGCAGCUGCAACACAUUUGCCAGUUUUAUCACAAACUCUUGUACCUGAUCGCUUGCACGUUGAAAUCCUUUGAGGACUUCUACCGCUCCGACUUCACAAACCCCACAGAAUUGGUGUUUGUGCAGAAUUACCGCGAGUGCAUUGAACUGUUUACUCAGUAUACCAAAGCUUAUUGCGACCUUUACUCGGUCGAUGUCUUCACAGAGGCCUCCAAACUGUACAGCCACCUGUCAAGUGUACCGUUAUUGCCAGGACAGCGCGACCAUAACAUCGACUUGUUGCGCAUCUGUCAGCAGCCAUUUCAAGUAUUCCCCCAUUACGUGCAAUUCCUCGAACAACUCAUAAAGACGCGCCCAGAAUUCACAGAGCAUCUCUUCGCAUGGGAUACGUACGCGCGACAGCAGCGCAUUGACUUGGAGCUGGCGGAGAACACCUUGGAGUUUUGGCAGCGCAACGAGCGCAACACGAAAAUUCGACAUUUCCGCCGCAAGCAACGCCGCGUUAUACUUACCUCAACGACAGUGCCACUUAAGUUGGCUCACAGCACCAUGAGCAUGUCAAGCAACACUUUCAUUCUAUUCUCCGAUUGCUUCUGCCAGGUUAGUGGACAGUUGUACACAUAUCCCUUGGUGACGCUAUGGGUGAAGAUGGAAAAUGACACCGCUUUACGCGUUACAACACCGGAGCGUACUUUCACAUUGCUGGCACGGACGAGUCACGACAAAAAACUUUGGUUCGAUCAAAUCGAGUCGGCUGUGAAGAUCGCUUCUGGACGUCCAUCGGACGGAAAGCUGUCAAGUGUGCGCACCACUGCUCACCUGUUUAGCCGCAAUCAUGCCAGAUAUCCCGGUGUGCACGCUUAUGGACGCUGGCGAAAUGGAGUGCUGCAUGGCAGCUGCUACCUCGAGUACCCCGACGGGCGAGUUUACUUCGGUCAAAUUAGAAAUGGUGAUAUAGAAGGUUAUGGUAAAAUGGUAAUACCGUCGGUAGGCCUCUACGAGGGUAAUUUCAAGGCUGGUAAAUUCCACGGUCACGGAACCUAUGAGCUGAAAGAUAAUGAGGUGUACGAGGGUCACUUCCGGGAGGGACUAUUCCAUGGGCAUGGCAUGCAGCGUAGCAACAACUGCACUUAUGUCGGCGAGUUUCAGGCAAAUGCAAAAUGCGGUUAUGGCAUUUUGGACGACAUGUUGACGGGUGACAAGUAUAUGGGCAUGUUUGCGGAUAACAAGCGGGUCGGUGCGGGCAUCUGCAUUACGAUGAACGGCGACUACUUCGAGGGUCUGUUUACGAACGAUGAAUUAUCUGGCCCGGGCAUAGCGGUGCUAGAAAAGGAUUACUACUAUGAGGGCGAAUUGUCGUUGCAGGGCCCAAUUGGAAAGGGAUCCUAUUACAUGCCAACCGGUGCGGCGAAUACAGAUGAUUCGGGCAUAAAUGACAGCGAUGAGUUUGCGAGUCGCCAGAUGACGGGAAAUGUUUUAACGGGCCAAUUGGGCGGUACAUGGCAAGAAGUGCGCAUUAUCUCUGGAACCAUGUCGAUGAAUAGGCACUUUCCAAAAUACCCAAAUUCUAUCGGUGGACUUGUGGUGGAUAACAGUCGUAAAUGGCGUUCACUCUUUGAAAACUUUGAAGAGGAGGUGCUCGGCAGUAGCGUAAGUACGAGCAACCAAAAAUCUGACGAUAGCACGAGUGCGGCAAAAACACUCUGGAAUCGAAUUGCAGUGUACAUGUAUUCACUGCGGGAGCGUGAGCGCACGGUAGAGCAGCAGGACAGCGCAUAUCAAUCGACUCGAAGUUAUUUUGCAAAAAACAUAUCGCUCGGCUUUUCCAACAGCUUCGACAAACUCAGUCUAAAGUCCACCAAUAGUUUGCUCACAACCGCGAAGUCAAGUAUACUGGAUUUGAGUAGCAGUCUGACGGACUCGCGUCGCUCUCACUCACAGGAAAUGCUUUACGACAGUGACGUUAACGAUUUCGAUAACGUUUGGGGCACACAGAGCUUCACACAUUACAACAGCGAGGAAAAUAACUCCAUAGGUGGACUCCUCAGCGCGCAGAUGAACCAUUGGCUGGGCGAAGCCAACACGCCGAGUUUGCGCUCUUCCUUCGACAGCAUACUGAAUAUAAGCGAAAGUUUUAAUAAUAAUAGCUUCACUUCACAAAACGAUCUGGAAAUUGUGCCCAGCUUCGGUAUCACGUCGCUUACAGAACAAGAUGUGGCCGCCAUAAAAGAUUACCUGCAGCAAGCGUUCAAAGAUCGCUAUCAUCCACUGCAUCUGCUAAAUCAACGCAUAUCUAACUGUUUUUACAACUCCUAUGGCUGCUGGAAAAUGAAGCCAACACCGAUACUGGCCAAGCAAGCGAUGCUGGAAUGGGAAUCGAUUUCGAAACGUGUCUAUAGAUUUGUGCAGAAAAUGUUUCCGGCACUGCCUGAUGACUAUUGCAUAAUUGAGAGCACACGCGAAGUAGUUUCGCACAUCACGCUGCUCUACCCCAUCGUACUGAGUGAGGGCAUAUAUUCGACACUGUUCGUGCUCUACGCCAACAAGUGCAGUGUGAAGGACGAAAUGUACAGACAGAAUCUGAUUUAUGCGGACAAACUGAAGGACGAAGAACUAGCCACUUGCUUGGGGCUCGAAAGCUCCUUUUUACCGAUUGUGAGACAUGCCUUCUACGCCGAGGCAAUACAAACAUUGAAGCAACUCAAAGAGAAAUAUAGUCCCAAAGCGAUGUUAACUGUGAUAGAGCGUUGCAUACAACAAAUAACCGACGCACACAAAGCAAUUGCUAGCGUGAAUUCUGUGAUAUUAGCCGCCGACGGUAUGAUGCCACUCACUCUGUUUCUGGUGCUACGUGCGGCUGUGCCUCAUCUCGGCGCUGAGCUGGCCCUAUUGGAUGAUUUGACCGGCGGCACUAAUUUCCAAGUCGAAAUGAACGGCAUUGCCGGCUAUUGCUACACGACUCUCAAGGCUGCCUAUGAGCAUAUCACCGCUGUGCCUCUAAAUAAGUCGUAAUGCAGCCCAGACGUCCUUCUUGAUUCUCAGAACACUCACCAAAUCAUGUUUUAUUGGCAACUGCAGUGAGCUUUGUGUUUGAAAUUUGAGAGCUGUAGAGCCCUAGCAUAAGUUAGCCAAUAUGUGGGCGU